UUUUUGCCUUCGGUACUCUUGAACUUUCUUUUCGCACAACACCACUAUAUUUGGUACUUGAACUUUUUUUUGUGUAACUUACAUCUUACAAAUGCUGAAAGCUGGUAGGCAUUUCGAAAAGGUUCUUUUGAGAAUCUUGGACGAAUUAACUUCGAUAGAGAGGUCGAAAUUAUGUUUUUACUGCCGAAAAGAUUCGCCCAAACCACCGAAUCAAGAAGAAAUGCAGCAGUUAUUUCGCGAGUUACAAGAUAGAAAUAUGAUUUCAUCCAGCAACGUGUCCUUCCUGAAAGAAUUUACGAACACCAUUCUUCGAUAUGACCUGACAAAUAUUCUACUGGAGUAUGAAUCAGAAGUUGAAGUUGGCACUAUCCUCAAAGAGUAUGCCGUUUUCCGAGACGAAAACCCGAAUUUCGACUGUCCAGAAAUGUCCUCAACGCAGAUCAUUUCCAAACAUUUGUCCCGAAAAUUUACAAACUGUUCAGAGCCGCUAACAAAGAUUGUCAGACUUUCGAAAGACACAAGCUUUCAAGACGAUUUAAGACUAUCAAUCGAUGAGAUGACCCGGGAAGGGAACGAGUUGUGUUGGUCGUCCAUCCUCCAGAUUCUGGGAUUCAGCUCGGAGUUGGCGUACAGACGAAUGUGUUUAUUUCCUGGACCGUCUAAGUUUCACCGAUUGCUUUCAGACAUUGACGACGUUCGCCUGGUAUUACAAGAAUUUAAGAUUGCGUCGUGGAUGGCGCGAAACGGAGGCGUUGCUGUAUUUGCCAAAUUCAUUACAAAUCAAGAUCCAAAAGAAAUUGCAAGACAAGAAGAAAUUAAAGGGUUGGUUGCUCAGAUUAUCUGCUAGCAUGAUGAAAAAACAAUUUGUUAAAGGUUGAAAAUUAACAAAUGAAUAUCUCUACCAGUCUCCGAAUGGAUUGCCACCUUAUCGCGGUGGAGCUGUUUGUGUGUCCCUAUGACCCUGAGAGCUAAGUCAGCUGGAGUCUUGAACUCCUGGUAGGGCUUCCCAUGCUGAAAAGGUCAAGGGGUAGGGUCCAGACGAAGAGCAAUCCUUUGGGUUGUAACAAAUGAACUUGUCAAGAAAAAAAACUUUUCAGGUUCCAAAAGACACGAAUUUCAGUACAUUAAGUUCUGAAAACAAUUACAAACAAAAAAACAUUUAUAAAAAAAAAAAACAAAAAAAAGAGAAAAAGUUAUCAAAGUUCACAACUACCAAAAGAAACAAAUAACUAUUCAUCAAGUUACAUAAAAAAAAGUUUAAGUACCAAAAAAGAGAAAAAGCAAGCACGAAAAGAAACAAAUUACUAUUCAUCAAGUUACACAAAAAAAGUUCAAGUACCAAAAGAGAGAAAAAGUUGUCCAAAGUUCGUAAGUACCAAAAGAAACAAAUAACUAUUCAUCAAGUUACACAAAAAAAGUUCAAGUACCAAAAGAGAGAAAAAGUUGUCCAAAGUUCGUAAGUACCAAAAGAAACAAAUAACUAUUCAUCAAGUUACACAAA